AUGAACCAGGGAUGCAUCUUCGUCUGGGCUGGGAUAAAAGGUGACUGGCUUAAAAGGUCUCGACAGUUCAUGGUUGCUCUAGCUAAACAACGGUCGCAAUAUACUAAGCCCCAACUCAACCUUCACCGUCUCUCUCACCACUUGCAAUCCAGCUCUAGCACACGAAACUCGACUUUUCCAAUGGCCUUUAACAACUUGUGUGGUAAAAAGGAGCGGGCAUAUAUCGAAGAAGAUCCCCACAGCCAGCCGGAGGUGACAUCGUACAGCCAUGGUCAUUUUUACUCGACUCCUGAGUCGAAGACACCACCACUUUUCGUGGUCGACGCGGAGUUGGCGGCCCAGAAAGAGCAGCAGCAGGCGCUGGUUGAACACAAAGCGAGCAGCCGGACAUUUGGAACGCGGCGAUGCUGGGUGCUGAGUGGCCUAGUGGUCCUGGUAGUGGUAAUAGUGGCGGCUGUGGUGGGAGGCGUGGUUGGCAGUCAGCACAAGACACAUACCGAGAACAAAGAUGUUUCAAGCAGUAAUCAUUCAUCUGUAUUGACCACGACCGUUUCGAGUACAACUCGCACGACGACGACCGCACAAACAACGACCGCAGCGACGAGAUCGAUGACAACAACAACAACGACCACCCCAUCUAGCUCCACCACUGAGGCUUCAGUUAUCACCGCUCCAACCCAGAACAGCGCCUAUCCUGCCGUAGUGAAGAUGUAUGCUAACGAUACCUGUGGCGGCAAUGAGGAUAGCUUUGCCGUGACGCAGAGCAAUGUCUCUACCUGCAUGGCGGUCACGUCCGACAAGACCUCGCUCCAGGUGACUCAGAACAGUGGUUGUGUGGUGGAAACGUGGAGCGGGUCCAAUUGCGAAGGAAGUUCCUACAACGUGACGGAUCUUCAGUGCCAUGCUGUUCUGCCGAUACAACUUUACAGGAGAAAAUGGGAAGGGCUUCGGGAAACGGGCGGGUGGACGGAGAAGCACCGGGACAGAUCCGGUUCAGCGAGACUUCGCGUCCAGAUGUCAAAAUCAGCUUUCAAGAAACUUUCACAGCGGCAACUGGCGGAUGAAAGCGUCAAGGUAGAGGUCACAGACUUGGACAAGAACUUCCUCGCUACCUCCGCAUCUAAUCCCCAAGGCGCUGCCGCUCUUUGA